AUGCCAAAAUUCGCUACGGUUGAUCAAUCCGCCCCAAACAAGCCUCCUCGUCUCACGCCGGGCGAAUUGACCCCAGAAGUAGCGAGAGACUGGGAUAACGCUUGUCAGACGUACUUCCUGCACAAGGACAUCCAAGCUACCAACCAAGUUAAGAUGAUCUCCUUCGGCAUGCAAGAUACACGACUCCACGCUUGGUACCUAUCUCAACGCGAUACCCUCAACGCCGGUAGCUUCGAGGAUUACAUGAAAGCCCUCAAGAAGAACUGGUUAGAAUCGAACUGGGAAGUAAAACUUCGAAAGAAGGUCUUGGGAUCCCAACAGGGAACUCGCUCGUUCUUCGAAUGGGCCCUCGACCUCCAGAACCAAAAUUCUCUACUGUACGGUUCCACCGCACAUCUCAGCGAUAUCCAACUGCGAAACCAACUAGAAGCCAAUAUGGCUGACGACCUCACUCCUUCCGUCCUUCGCGCCAAGCUUGCAGACGACCUCUCCAUGAAAAGCUGGAUCGAGGAAGUCAAACACUUGGACGAUAAACGCUUGGAGGACAUGGCACUUCACAGGAAGAUGGCUGAAGAAUUAUAUAAAACAAAUAAACGAUUCACCCCCCUCACAAACGUCUCCAACGUCACCAACAAACCAAACUCCCGCCCCCAUCCCUCUGGUCCAUUGCUUCCGCCCUUGACAUCCCAAGAACGCGAACUCCUUCGCCUCAAUAACGGCUGUUUCAAAUGCCGCAAAUUCGGCGUGGAUCAUCGCGCUCCUGAUUGUCCGAACGGAGCUCCAGACGCUACUUCUUACAAAACUCUCACAGAAUCGGACGCAGCAAAGGUAACAAAGCCAAAGAAACCGACUGCCGUCGUCAUGCCUGUCGCCGCCGUCAUGCCAUCCUCUGUCCUCGAGGGUGACUCCGAUUCUGAUGAA